CUUAGAGGUUGGGCGGGCCAGAAAGAAGCCCCGGGGUCCAAGCUCCAGCUGCCGAGAUCCAGCCCCAGCCCGCGGGCCGCCGGGGCAGCAACUCCCCGCCGAGUCCCAGGCUUCAGCGCGGGCUGGUCCAGCCUCCGCUCCAGUGCCUGCGCUGUGCCCUGUAUCCCGGGAGUCCGGCUCCAGCUGCGGCGACGCGGCAGGUGCCUCCCCCUCUUGGGGACGUGGUCACCAUGUUCUCCUGCGUUAAGGCCUAUGAGGACCAGAACUACUCAGCGCUGAAGCGGGCCUGUCUGCGCAGGAAGGUGCUCUUUGAGGACCCCCACUUUCCUGCCACUGACGACUCACUUUACUAUAAGGGUACCCCAGGGCCCACAGUCAGGUGGAAGCGGCCUAAGGAUAUCUGUGAUGAUCCCCGCCUCUUUGUAGAUGGCAUCAGCUCCCACGACCUGCACCAGGGUCAGGUGGGCAACUGCUGGUUUGUGGCCGCCUGCUCGUCCCUCGCCUCCCGAGAGUCACUCUGGCAAAAGGUAAGUCUGGGGACAGGCAGCUGCAGGGGCUGGUCAAAGAGCCCGUGGAUCUCACUGCCUGACAGUUGUGGCAUCCGCGAGGCACGUGGAGCUUCCUGGCACCUGAGGUUCCAGCCCACUUGGUUCCUUGACGUCGGUGGGAGCGGCGGCAGUGGCAAGAGCUGUAGCACUUGGGCCAUGGCAGAGGACGGGCCGCAGAAGCAGCAGCUGGACAUGCCGCUGGUUCUAGACCAGGACCUGACCAAGCAGAUGCGGCUCCGUGUGGAGAGCCUGAAGCAGCGUGGGGAGAAGCGGCAGGAUGGCGAGAAGCUCCUCCGGCCGGCCGAGUCUGUCUACCGCCUUGACUUCAUCCAGCAGCAGAAGCUCCAGUUCGAUCGCUGGGAUGUGGUUCUGGACAAGCCGGGCAAGGUCACCAUCACGGGCACCUCGCAGAACUGGACGCCCGACCUCACCAACCUCAUGACACGCCAGCUGCUGGACCCUGCUGCCAUCUUCUGGCGCAAGGAAGACUCCGACGCCAUGGAUUGGAAUGAGGCCGAUGCCCUGGAAUUUGGGGAGCGUCUGUCUGACCUGGCCAAAAUCCGCAAGGUCAUGUAUUUCCUCAUCACCUUUGGCGAGGGCGUGGAGCCUGCCAACCUCAAGGCCUCCGUGAAUUGUUGGGAAUUUGAGUCCUACAGUGGUGGUGUGCAGAUGGACAGAGUGGGUCUGGGAGUUAAGACCUGGACGCCACUGUUGCCUGUGCUGUGGCUUUGCUGUGAGACCAUAGCGGUUGGCUUGAUUUCUAAGCUUCACACAGCUCCUGUAUGCGGCAACAGAUUGAGAGCUGCCCGGGAGCCUGAACUGGGAUUUCCUUGCCUGUUGUCCCCCAGGCUGGCGGGCUGUUACCAGGCCCUGGAUGGGGGCAACACGGCGGAUGCACUCGUAGAUUUCACAGGUGGCGUUUCUGAACCCAUUGACCUGACCGAUGGGGACUUGGCCAGCGACGAGGUCAAGAGGAGUCAGCUCUUUGAGCGGGUGCUGAAAGUGCAUAGCAGAGGUGGCCUCAUCAGUGCCUCCAUCAAGGCUGUGACAGCAGCUGACAUGGAGGCCCGCCUGGCAUGUGGCCUGGUGAAGGGCCAUGCGUAUGCUGUCACUGAUGUGCGCAAGGUGCGCCUGGGCCACGGCCUGCUGGCCUUCUUCAAAUCGGAGAAGCUGGACAUGAUCCGCCUGAGGAACCCCUGGGGCGAGCGGGAGUGGAACGGGCCCUGGAGCGACACCUCAGAGGAAUGGAAGAAAGUGAGCAAGAGUGAGCGGGAGAAGAUGGGCGUGACCGUGCAGGAUGAUGGCGAGUUUUGGAUGACCUUCGAGGACGUGUGCCGGUAUUUUACGGACAUCAUUAAGUGCCGCCUGAUUAACACGUCCUACCUGAGCAUCCAUAAGACAUGGGAGGAGGCGCGGCUGCGUGGCGCCUGGACGAGACAUGAGGACCCACAGCAGAACCGCAGUGGAGGCUGCAUCAACCACAAGGACACUUUCUUCCAGAACCCACAGUACAUCUUUGAAGUCAAGAAGCCAGAAGAUGAAGUACUGAUCUGCAUUCAGCAGCGGCCCAAGCGUUCAACGCGCAGAGAAGGCAAAGGCGAGAACCUGGCCAUCGGCUUCGACAUCUAUAAGGUGGAGGAGAACCGCCAGUACCGGAUGCACAGCCUGCAGCAUAAGGCCGCCAGCUCCAUCUACAUCAACUCCCGGAGCGUUUUCUUGCGGACAGAGCAGCCCGAGGGUCGCUAUGUCAUCAUCCCUACCACCUUCGAGCCGGGCCACACUGGCGAGUUCCUGCUCCGAGUCUUCACGGAUGUACCUUCCAACUGCCGGGAGCUGUGCCUGGAUGAGCCCCCUCGCACCUGUUGGAGUUCCCUGUGUGGCUACCCCCAGCAAGUGACCCAGGUCCAUGUCCUGGGGGCUGCUGGCCUCAAGGACUCGUCAACAGGGGCAAACUCCUAUGUGAUCAUCAAGUGUGAGGGUGAGAAGGUCCGCUCAGCUGUGCAGAGAGGGACCUCGACACCAGAGUACAAUGUGAAAGGCGUCUUCUAUCGCAAGAAACUGGCUCAGCCCAUCACCGUGCAGAUCUGGAAUCACCGCGUCCUGAAGGAUGAAUUCCUGGGCCAGGUGUGCCUGAAGACCAACCCGGAUGACCUGCAGGCGCUCCACACGCUCCACCUCCAGGACCGCAGCAGGCGGCAGCCCAGCGACUUGCCGGGCACGGUGGCCGUGCAUGUCCUCAGCAGCGCCUCUCUCACGGCUGUGUGACACCGGCCGGCCCGCCUGGCCCCACCAGCCCUCACCACCACCUGCAUGUCCCCACCUGGCCUGGGACCAGCCUGGGAACCAGACCCUGGGGCCCUUCCCCCACUCUCCCACUGACCCACUGUGUGACCUGAGGAGAGCCCUGCCCGUCCCGGAGCCUCGGUGUUCGGAGGGCCCCGAAGAAUUCCCUUCGUGUGGGGGAGUUUUCUUGCCUAAGAUUUAAAGUAGCUCCACCCAGUGGGCACUGCUGCUAAGGGGCUCUCUCUGUUGAAAACAUUCCCCCCAGGCCCCACUGUCUGCCGAGGAGUGCCAAGAUGUCACUUGUUUACACACAAACUGCCAUGCCCCCCCCCCGCCCCCCCGUUUCCUAGCUCCCCUCCCAGGUCUUUGCUCUCUAGCUACGGUGACCUUAAACUUCUCCCCUUCCUGCCUCCACUUUCCCAGUGUUGAGAUUAUAGGCGUGCGCCACUACACCAGUUUAUAUGGUGCUGGGUAUCGAACCUAGGGCUUUGCGUAUGCCAGGCAAGCAUUCUGUGAACUGAGCUAUGUCUCCAGUCCCACUACACCUUGUCUUUUGAGCCAUCUUGGAAGAACCCUCGGUGGGCAUCUGCUGAGAGGAACACAGGAGACGUGCGCUCAUUGUCUAAGGUCCUCCUCCCGUCCACUGAGUUACUCAGCAUGGGUUUGCCCUGUUGGCCCAAAGAGCCGCCCUAGGCCUCCCUAGCCUCAGGUCCUCUCAGAGGCAGAUAACCCUAACUCCCAUCUCCUGAAGAGCUGUGGCCACACCCGUGAGAAAGUGUUAUUUCCAGGCAGGUCGAUAUAGGGCUAUGGUCCCUAGGGGACAUGUGCUCCCUCUGUGGAAAGACACUGGGGUUUUCUUGGAAGAAAGGACUCCAGGGUGGGUGGUGCCAGGCCUUCAGGGUUAUGUCAUCUGUUGGCUGUCACAGGCGGGGACUUGCCUCUCCUGACCAGAGGUCUCUCCAUCAGCAUCCCCCAGACAGCCAAGGAGGCCAUCAUGCUCCUGCUCUCCAGACCACCAACGUUCUUUUCAAUCCUCAACAUUUGAUAGUCUUAGCAUUUUUUAAAAAUCUCAGUGUAAAGGGAAGUCUGUCCCAACCCGUUGUUCUUUGUUAACUCAUUUUGUGGGUCCUCUGCUUUUAUUUUGACAUUGAGCAUGAAAGGACAUGGGUGAAGUGGGACCUUCUCAGAGGAGUCUCAGAGGAAGGUAGAGAUGAGCAUGUUCAUUCCUGGGCGUCCUCAGGCUGGUUGCAGACUGCACUCCGGAGGGACUCUUGUUCAGUCCUGGUUCUGUGGCUCACAGGGUCCCUUCUGUGCCCUCAUUGGGCUGCCAGACCAGGCUUGGUAGAUAAAGUACAGUUAGGUAAACAGCAGCAAUUCCUUUUGGGAGUGUGACUUUCUGUCUCCAGUCCCUACUGUGUGGUCCCCUUCCUGGCUGGAGGUGCUGGAUUCUGACUGCCAUCUUGCUCCGUGGUAGCUCUGCUCCUAGCCUGGGGCCUGGGCCAUGGGGAGGGCUAGGCACUGAAAUAAAGAUAAGAGGAUUCCUCCUGCAUGGUUAGGGCUUCCCUUCAAAGACCUGGGCCUGGGCCUGGGAUUGUGCAUGCCACCAGGAGCAAGUCACUUAAACCUCCUGUGCCUCUAUUCCUCCCUCUGCAGCGUGAGGCUGGUGACGCCUAUUUGUGGGGACUCUUACAAGAAUCAGAGCAAGGUCACACCACUUCCUCUCCGUGUCUCUAUAUCGUAUACUCCACACGUUCGCAUAAUCACUUCCCAAUGGCUACUGCAAACAAAGACUGCAGUCAGGAAUGGAGGAGAAAGCACCCGCUAGGCCGUCUUGGGUCUCAGGGCCUGACAUGCGCGUCUUAGCUCAGCCAUAUCCCCCUGAGGCGCGGGGCAAACCAGGACCAAGUAGCCAACUUGUAUAAGCUUCUCUGGAUUAGCCACUGCCUGCCACUGCCUCCCACCGCCAGCAGAGACGGGCCAGCAGCCCUGCUCUUGUUUCCUCCCUCCCAAGCGAGGCCAGGCUGGCUCCUGGCUGUGCAGGGACCUCUGGUCCCCGGGAAGCCUUGAGGACUGGACAGGUGAGGACAGUGUGGAGCAGGAAGAGCAGUGGCUUUGUUGGCCCUUGCACCCGGGAGGCCUCAGUGUGCCCGCUGCAGGCGAUCAGCCCUGUAGCCCACACUACAUGGACCGCCAGGACCUGGCCUUCACUUCUCCAGGUCACCAUGCCCUGGGGUCAAGGGCAUGUUAUCUUCUCAGAAUAAAUAUUAACUGCCACUCUAGAAAGA